AUGUCGGGCAGCAGCUCGGCGGUACGUCCCGGAGCCGCCGGAGGUGAAUCUUCUAGCUCUAUACAACGCGCUGCGGCGGGCCUGUUCAAGCGGAAGAGGCCAACGGGAUGGCGGAUACCGUCGUCUGCUAACAAUGCCAAUGGCACGGCGGAAGUCAAGGCGAAGCUCAAAGCCCUUGACGGCGGUAAAGUCAGAUUGGAUGCACCCGGGACACCCUGGCAUGAACUCGACCUCUCCGAAUCUUUCUUAGCAGACCUCCAGAACACCACCCGCCGUCAGCAAUCGUGGUUCUACAAACGACGACUCUUCUUCCUCUUCGGCGGACUCCUCGGCGGUUUUGCCGGCUGGCUCUUCACCGGAGGCCCUUCCAACAUGCUCUCGGGACUCGACUUUGGCGAUCUGAGCAUGUCACUCGGCGAACUGAGGAGUAUCUCUGACCUCGCCGGCAAUUUUGGUAUCAACUUUGCCAAUCUCACAGAAUCCUUCACCGCCCCCGCUUGGCUACAGUCGAGAGACUUCAAGGUCGGCAGACAGGCCAGAGAUGCAGGACUGACCAAAGAACACGCUGUCAUGUUUGUGCCUGGCAUCGUCUCAUCCGGUCUCGAGUCUUGGACAGACUCCGAGGAGCAUGCACCUUGGUUCCGGAAGAGGAUAUGGGGGACCACCUCCAUGGUCCGCGCCAUCAUCACACAGAAGAAGGAAUGGUUACGCGCACUCACCCUCGAUCCCGUCACAGGCCUUGACGGGCCGGGCGUCAAGGUCAGGAGCGCACAAGGCCUCGACGCUGCCGCCUUCUUCGUGACCGGCUACUGGAUCUGGUCAAAGAUCAUCGAGAACCUCUCUGUGCUCGGCUAUGAUCACAACGACAUGCACAUGGCUGCCUUUGACUGGCGACUGUCCUACGGCAAUCUGCAAGUCCGAGACAAGCUGUUCUCUCGCAUGAAGAUGGCCAUCGAGCACAACAAGCUCAUGCUAGACAAAAAGACUGUACUCAUCGGACACAGCAUGGGCUCCCAGGUCGUCCUUUACUUCUUGAAAUGGGUCGAAGCGGAAGGCUACGGCAACGGCGGGGAUAAGUGGGUCGAGGACCAUAUCGCAGCCUUUGUCAACGUCGCAGGAACGAUGCUUGGCGUGCCAAAGGCUAUGUCAGCUUUACUCAGUGGUGAGAUGCGCGAUACCGUAGAGCUGCCUCCUGCUGGUGUCUACCUCCUCGAAAAGUUCUUCAGCCGUAGGGAACGAGUGAGACUAUUUCGAUCAUGGGCUGGCGCAUCGUCUAUGCUCAUCAAAGGCGGUAAUGCGGUCUGGGGCGAUACCGAUGGAGCGCCUGAUGAUCCUGAAAACGCGACGCUCUCGAAUGCGUACAUCUAUUCCUUCAAGCAAGACGCCAAAUCAGAGCUCAGUCACGAAAACGUCCGCCCCAACUUGACACUAGACGCCGCAAUGACUUAUCUGUUGCAACAUUCGCCCGAUUCCUAUCAAAAGAUGCUUGCCUCUAACUAUUCGUUCGGACUCGAGCGAGAUGUAGAACAGAUCAAACGCAACGAUAGAGAUCCGCGCACGUGGUCUAAUCCGCUCGAGGUGCGCUUGCCGAACGCACCUUCAAUGUCGAUCUACUGCCUCUAUGGCUGGGGCAAACCGACCGAACGAGGCUACUUCUACAAAGCCGGACCAUUAGAGGCAGGCGAGGAGCUUGGUACAGCCGCAUGCACGGAGCCCGGUGGUAGCUGUGCAGUCGAAGACAGCAACAUGACGUCCAGCAGUCCCGUGCAGCUCCCGACUCGGCAGCGGGUCUACAUAGAUAAUGCCGUCAAUCUGGAAAGCACAAGACCGCAAGUAAAGAGCGGCGUCCUGAACGGCGAAGGCGACGGCACGGUCUCGUUGCUAUCGCUCGGUGCCAUGUGUGUGGAUGGCUGGAAGCGCGAUCGCUACAAUCCUGCCAGGAUCCCGGUCACGACGCAUGAAAUCUUGCACAACCCAGAGCCUUUCGACCCUAGAGGAGGCGCGGGUACGGGCGAUCACAUUGACAUUCUCGGCUCAAACGAGCUGAAUAGGGCCAUACUGCGCGUCGCUGCUGGGCAGGGCGAGCUUGUGAAAGACAAGCUCAUCUCGCCCAUCGUCAAAUACGCUGCCAAGAUCAAGUGGGAUGCGCCCACUGAUCCAAUGAAGGAGCGCGUCGGCUAA